GUCAACAGAUGAAGUUUGCAAUCAUCUCCACAGAAUAUCUAGAUAAAUAUCUGAGGGUAUUCAGGGGAUCAGAUUUGGGUGUCGGCCGCCAAAGAGGACAGAUACGCGUGUGGAGCCUAGAAACCAGUGGGUGCGGUUGUGUAGGAAGGAAGCCGGAGCCUUCCCUGAGCCCGCCGGGACGCAGAGGCUCGGAGCACCAAACGAACAUGGUGCGCGCUCCCCGCCUGCUGCUGCUGCUGCCAGUGCUGUGCGUCUCUGAGAUCUCACUGGAGCCCUGCGAAGUGGACGACGAUGAUUUCCGCUGCUUCUGCAACUUCACGGAUCCGCAGCCCGAGUGGUCCAGCGCCUUCCAGUGUAUAAGUGCCGUCGAGGUGGAGAUCCAUGGCGGCGGCCGCAGCCUGGAACAAUUUCUCAAAGGCGCAGACACCGACCCAAAGGAGUACGCUGACAUGGUCAAGGCUCUGCGCUUGCGGCGGCUCACAGUGGCCUCUGCACAGGUUCCUGCUGUGCUUGUGGGCGCCUUCCUGCGUGCGCUGGGGUACUCCCGCCUCAAGGAACUAACGCUCCAGGACCUGGAGGUAACCGGCGCAGCGCCGCCGCCGCCUCUGGAAACCACUGGGCCUGCGCUCUCCACCCUCAUUCUGCGGAACGUGUCGUGGGCAACGGGAGGUGCCUGGCUCACCGAACUGCACCAGUGGCUGAAGCCGGGCCUCAAGGUACUGCGCAUUGCGCAAGCACACCCGCUUGCUUUUUCCUGCGCGCAACUCCGCACGUUCCCCGCCCUCACCACCUUAGACCUAUCCGACAAUCCCCGACUGGGUGAGCACGGACUGACUGCAGCUCUCUGUCCUCACAAGUUCCCAGCCCUCCGGGCUCUAGUUUUACGGAACGCGGGGAUAGAGACGCCCAACGGCGUGUGCUUGGCGAUGGCAGUGGCGGGUGUGCAGCCCCAGCACCUAGACCUCAGCCGCAACUCGCUGCGCGCCACCGCCCCAGGCGCUCCUGGGUGUGUCUGGCCCAGCACACUGAACUCUCUCAACUUGUCGUUCGCUGGGCUGGAGCAGGUGCCUAAGGGACUACCGGCCAGGCUUAGCGUGCUUGAUCUUAGGUGCAACAGGCUGAACAGAGAGCCUCGGCCAGAAGAGCUGCCCAAGGUGAGUAACCUGACACUGGAUGGAAAUCCCUUUCUGGACCCUGAAGCCCCCAACUACCAAGAAGACCCGACGAAGUCUGGCGUGGUCCCAGCCUGCGCGCAUUCGGCCCUGGCAGUGGGGAUGUCAGGAACCUUCGCGGUACUUCAAAGGGUGGGGGGCUUCGUCUAAGGCCAACGGAGAGACAACUGAAUUGGCUCAGAUUGCCCCAGGGAAGCCUUAUCAGGACGUCGUAACCAACCAACCCUCUGCCCCAUCUUCAUUAAAAUGUGAAAGAACUA